AUGGACGACGAAAUCACGAAAGAGUCGAAGAGAUUCAGUAUAAUUAAAAUUAUCAAAGAAGAGGCUCAAGAUGCACAAAUACACAAGGAAGCUUUAAGCAAUGCACCGACUUACGAAUACGAUAUUCUUUAUGAAAAUCAACGAGGUUCUAAUGCAUUGAAUCAGGCUGAUCCUCAGCCUUGGUCUGACAAAAAUCAAAAAUUCUCUCCAAUGGAUAUUUACACUUAUCAAUUGCCAAAUCCAACGUGGGAAUGGGUUCAUAAAGAAUGGUUGGUUGAUAUGUCUGGCGACGUGGAUGAAGAAGGGUGGGAGUAUGCUCCCGAUUUCCAUUUUCCUUGUUGGCAUGGUUGCUAUCAACCACUCCGUUCAUUUGUUCGUCGAAGACGUUGGGUACGAUUGCGUCGUCAAAAGGUCGGGUCCGAUUUCCGAGGUAUUCAUGUGACCGACGACAAGACUUCCCUGUAG